AUGUUUGUUAUGUACCUUCUGUUAACGUGGGUUUUACUGAUUUCAAAGUUGUCAUGUACCUCAACAGAAAAGUUGCCAGUUAUUAUCUGGCACGGGAUGGGUGAUCGAGGAACAGGUAUGGGUAUACUGAAGCUAGCUAAAGCGAUACAAGUCGAAAUACCUGGAACAUAUGUCAAGUGCAUUACCACUAGCGACUCAGUAAUUCAGGAUAUUGAAGAUACAUAUUUUAUGCCGAUCAGUGAUCAACUGGAUUAUGUUUGUCGUAUGAUACAUGAAGAUAAAAACUUAUCUAAUGGUUUACACAUGAUUGGUAUAUCACAGGGUGGAUUAUUUGUUAGAGCGUUAGUUCAAAAAUGCAACUUAUCGAAAGGUAUAUUUGGGAUACCAAAAUGCACUAUUGAUGGCUUUAUUCAUUUGUGCUUAUUAAUGAACGAGCUACUUUCAUAUGGAGCCUAUAUUAAAUUUAUUCAGAGCCACGUUGUUCAAGCUCAAUACUGGCAUGAUCCAUUGGAGGAAGAUGUUUAUCGCAAAUACUCCCAAUUUUUAGCUGAUAUUAAUCAGGAAAACGAAAUAAACGAAAUUUAUCGUGAAAAACUGAGAAAUAUUCAAAGACUAGUAUUGGUUAAGUUUUCAGGUGACACUAUUGUAAUCCAAAAGAAUCUGAAGCAAUGGUUUGGAUUUUAUCAGAAUGGAUCAUCGACAAACAUAACAACAUUACAGGACAGUAUUCUGUAUACUGAAGAUCGUCUAGGCCUCAGAGAACUUAAUAAAAGGGGUGAUUUACAUUUUAUUGAAAAAGAUGGUGAUCAUUUACAUUUUGAUGUGUAUUGGUUUAUUGAAAAGAUUGUUAUUGCUUUUCUGAAAUAA